AUGACGCACCGGUCUUUCUUGUUAGGUGAUCCGCUUCGGUACGACGAGAAAGGCCGAAGAUUUGAUGUGUCCUGCACAUCGCUCCAAGCGCAAACGCUGAUAAUGCAGUCAAUAGGGCGAAGUACUUCCUGGAAGGCUCCCACAGAGCAAGAAGCCAAGCUCUACGCCUACCUCCACCAGCGAGCCGACCUCAAGGUGGGCCUUGGACUCUGGUUUUACUCCUGGUCCUACGGACGCUUCUCUUCGAGACACGGGCAGGUACUGCACAUCGACAGCGCAUUGAUGAUGAUGGCGAGCCUGUGGGACCUCAGUACCAGGCGCCGGAUGGUCAUGCUGCACCUUUGUCUUGACGGCGACCACUGUAAGAGCUCAGUGAGGUUAGCUGGAAAGCUGAGAAAGAGGAUUCCUCCCCUGGACAGCCUGAGCGACGGGCCAAGCGCCGUCUUCGCACGGUCUGCCUCGGCUCUCGUCUUUUGCUUCGGGAGCGCCUUCACAGGUGGACUCUACCGCAACAUACGAGCUGGCAUUGCCUCCGCAGCGCACCUGAAAGACGAGGAGCCAGCUGUGGAGACGGUGCCCGACAUGGCAGGUCUAGCAUCUGCAGAAGCAGAGGUGGUCGGGGAGAACAGCUCCAGGGCCAUCAGACUGCUUUACUCUGAAGGCUUGCAGACCUUCCAGGCAACACUGGAGAAGCUGCAGGCAGCAAAGGCGGGAGAUGAAAGUGUACUCCAGGCAGUGUUGAAGAAUAUUCCGGCUGUGAUCAACAACAUCACCGAGCAGGAGAUUCCGACAGAUCUUGAGAGCGACUUUGAACAGGCUCUCGAGGCCACCACGACGAUGCUAUCGCCAGCAGAUAUUGGCGAAGGCAAUCUGACACUGGGACCCACGCUCUUUCGACAGCUUCUGCAGCUGUCUCUUGUGCAGCGCCUUCCCGAGAUGAUUCGAAGGCUCGGGCAACUCGAGCUUCUCUACCCAAAGUCUCUGGAGGAGAAGACGGACGUCUCGCAGGACGAGCUGAAGGAGGCCCUGGAAGCCCUAGCGGAGGACCUGAAACGAGGUGAGCUUGCGCAGUGGUCGGAUGAGGACUUCGCUGAAGCGCAGGACUUGAUUGAGCGCAAUCCUGUCCUGGGGCCGGUGGGAGAAGCGCUUGCAGAAACAGCCGACGAGGCCCUUGAAGAGUUCUACGGAACCACAGCUGGCGCUGCAGCUUUCCUUAUAAUAGCUCAGCUGGUGCUGAUUGGGGCUGCCCUGGCCACCUGCGCCUCCUGUUUUGGGGGCGACGGAGGCCUCGGCCGAAUGGCCUCAAAGCUGGAUGCUGCUGAGAAAAAAGGGGGGGCCGGGGGUGAAGGCAGCAAUGCCCCGGUGCCAGCGGACACAGCGUGGUACCGGGACCUGGAUGACCUCUGGAGCAACGUCCUUUCAUACUUCGAGAAGCGUGGCAUCCUUAGCGAGGAGACGUUGGAGUACCUCGAUGCGGACCCCUUCGUCCUGUUUGGAGUCGAUGACCCGCUCACACAGCAGGCUCUCCUGAAACUCGACAAGUUCCCGGCAUUGAUGUGCGACGGAGCUGUGCCGACACAGGAGGAAUGGGCCUACUACCUGCGAAUCGAGCCACGUGACACCCAGCUGGUGUGGCUCGUGCGAGCAAUGCAGGAGACGGAGCUGCCCAAGCCUUGGACCUGCUACAAAGGCAUUGGGAGCAUCGUCUGUUACCUGCGGUCUGACAGCGGUCAGGUCACGUGGAAGCAUCCCUUCUACGACUAUUUCCGCCAGCUCCGGGACUUUUGCCGACAGGCAUCUCGUGACGAGGUGAUGCAGGUGCGCUGCAAUCGCCUCCUUUGGAGCUAUGAAGCGACUCGUGUCGAGACCGAGCAUGACCAGGAGCCCCUCAUAUCGCCGCCUUAUGUCGCGCGCAUGGCCGACAUUUUCGGUUUCGAUGUGAAGGUGCAAGGCUGCGUGGUGCGAAACUGCAAAGCGCAGCUGAAGGCUUUCGCGAAAGCGUACCGGACGAAGCAAGACAUUGACAUUGGUUUGAUCCGGGAAUGCAACGAGAUGCUGCAGCGCGACGUGGCGAAGUACAGCGAGAUGGUGGCCCACUGGUCUGGUGAGGUCAAGGAGGACGUAAAGUUCGACCUCAACAAGCUAGCUGCUGGUGAGCUACAUUGCGUGAAUUGCAAGACCACGGCCCUCAGCUUCUGCUUGGAGUGCAAGGACUACCUAUGCCUGAAGUGCUACGCUGACUUGCAUGGGAAAGGCUCCCGCAAGGAGCACGCGCCCUUCUGCUUGGUGCCGUGCGCCUUGUGCGUCGUGCUUCCAGCCAAGAUCCACUGUACAUUCACGGACAAGUCCUUGUGUCACAAAUGCUAUGCCAUGAAGCAUAUCAAGAUGCUCCCUCUUGACGGCAAAGAGAACCAGCCGCGGAGAAUAAACUACGUGGAGCAGUACAACAGGUACGCUGAGUUUGCAAAGGAACGGGUGAAGAAGAUGGCCGUCAAGCCGGAGGACCUUCCAGCACUGGAUGACUCAGCCUACGAGUCGGUUCUGAGCACUGACUGGCACCCUUUCUACGAUGCUCGUGGUGUGAGGUACUACCACAACUUUGCCACUGGCGAGCGCAUGAGGCAAAGUCCACGGCGCGUGCCUAACUCUGACGAUGCGGGUGCUGAGGCUACAACGCCUACCGCCCAGGAAGUCACCCAGGCUCUUGCGGUUUCGCAGGAGGACGCAGGCGUGCGCCCAAGCCUUCGUGGUGUGAAGCUAUGA